UAACGUUCCUUUGCAAUUUGCUACCUUCUUCAUUUGAACCCGCAUGCCACGCUUCUCCCACUGAGCUCGCUCGCCCUCUUUCAUUUCAUGGCGACGAUCUCUCUUCCUCCUUCGCACAACCUCCUCCUCCUCUCCCUCUUACUCCUAGUGGCUGAUGUCGCUUCGAAGCCAUUGCAGCGCCAAACUCUGGUCCUCACCUCUCUCACAAAUCCAGCUGCCCUCCUCCCAGAAGACGACUCCGCCGAAACCCUUGCCACGGCCGUGGACUUCGAGGCGACUCGCUCUCCCUCCUCCCUCCACGCUGGUCUCUCCCACCGAGAUUCUCUUCUCGCCGCCACUGACGCCUCCCCGGAGCAGAUCUUCCGCCUCCGCCUCGACCGCGACGCCGCUCGGAUUGAAACCCUCCGGCGGACUCUCGCGGCCGCUGAUCCGCCGCCUCCCAAAGCCGUUGCCAACGAAACUGGCCGGAGAGGUUUUGGAAGUACGGUGGUUUCCGGCCUCGCCCUGGGCAGCGGCGAGUACUUCGCCAGGAUCGGGAUCGGCAUGCCGCCGAGGUACGCCUACAUGGUGCUCGACACCGGUAGCGACGUCGUCUGGCUCCAGUGCGCCCCGUGCCGGAGCUGCUACUCCCAAUCCGAUCCCAUCUUUGACCCUCGAACCUCCCACACUUACGCCGCCGUUCCCUGCGGCGCCUCGUUGUGCCGCCGCUUGGAUGAAGCCGGAUGCGACACGAGCCGAAAUGCCUGCCAAUACCAGGUCUCCUACGGCGACGGAUCCCUUACUACAGGUGAGUUCUCGACCGAGACGCUUACCUUCCGGCGAAGCAUUAGGGUCCCGCGCGUCGCCCUAGGCUGUGGCCACGACAAUGAGGGCCUCUUCGUCGCCGCUGCGGGUCUCCUCGGCCUCGGCCGGGGAAGUCUUUCCUUUCCGUCUCAAGCAGGGCGAAGGUUCGGCCGCGUGUUUUCCUACUGCCUGGUGGAUCGCACUUCCGCCGGUUAUCCGAAUCGUUCGUCCUCGGUGGUGUUCGGUGACUCGGCCGUGCCGAGGGCCUCCUCGCGGGUUGCCUACACUCCCAUGCUGCGGAACCCCAAGUUGGACACCUUCUACUAUAUCGAACUCACGGGAGUAAGCGUGGGCGGCGCUUCCGUGCCCGGAGUCGUGGCGUCCGACCUCCGACUAGACCCAUCAACCGGAAGGGGAGGCGUCAUCGUGGACUCAGGAACGUCAGUGACGCGGCUGGCCCGGCCGGCGUACGAGGCGCUGCGCGACGCUUUCAGGGCUGGGACGAUGGACCUUAAGCUGGCACCAGGUGGCUUCUCACUCUUCGACACAUGCUACGACCUCACCGGCCAGAUGGAAGUGCAGGUGCCGACGGUGGUGCUCCACCUCGCCGGCGGCUCGGCUGUGUCGCUUCCGGCGUCGAACUACCUCAUCCCGGUGGACACCAAGGGCACGUUCUGCUUCGCAUUCGCAGGGGCGGACAGCGGCGUGUCCAUCAUCGGCAACAUACAGCAGCAAGGGUACCGGGUGGUGUUCGACGGCCAAAGGUCGAAAGUGGGACUCAUGCCUGGUGGAUGUUGACUAAUCUAAUACAUAAAAAAUUAGAUAAUUAUUUCAUAUUAUGUGAUUUUUUUGGUGUACAAGCUUUUACUCCACCCAAACUUUCACCUUUAUGUACUUUCUACCUGAUUAGCCGUUGGGCACGAUCUGCAAGUGGCGGCCACCCGUGAACUGUGAUUUGUUCACCACUUGUGUGUCUCUUGUUUCAUGGUCAACUUGAGUUUACAUGUGUC